AUCACAGUAGAUUAUAAAAAAAAAUAAAGUCAUAAUAAUAAAGUGUGUGAAUGUGAAAUGUGGCUAAAAACUUUUUUUUUAUUAAAUUAUAAAGUUUAAACAAUAUUUAUGUGGCUAAGGAAUUCCCCAAAGCCGUUUAAAUUAAUUUAUCAACAAAUUAUAAAAAUGGAGUUAAGUACUGAGCAGUCUACAACCUCUAACAAGACUAUAUCUGAGGGCCAAGCCCACAUCAGUUUGACCAGUGACAAAGUUUUCUAUAAUCCAGUACAGGAGUUCAAUAGGGACUUAAGUAUUGCUGUUUUAACAUUGUUCAUUAGUGAUUACAAAUUACAAAGACAAGCUAAAAAAGAACAGAAGUUGAUGAACAAAAAAGAACAAGAUUUAGAAGUUCUGGGAAGUACUCCUGAGGAGGUUACAAUAUUAGAAGCUCUGUCGGCAACAGGGUUAAGAAGUAUUCGUUAUGCCAAGGAAGUGCCAAAUGUUACCAAAAUUGUGGCCAAUGAUCUUUCCAAAUCAGCCGUUGAAACUAUACAGGCUAAUAUUGUAAACAACAAGGUGGAACAUCUCGUAGAAACCAGUCAUGAUGAUGCAUGUAUGCUAAUGUAUAAACACAAACAGUCAUCUCUCAGAUUCGCAGCCAUAGACCUAGAUCCGUACGGCUGUCCAUCUAUUUUCUUAGAUUCAGCAGUACAAAGUGUACAGGAUGGCGGGCUUCUGCUUGUAACUGCGACAGAUAUGGCCGUGCUGGCUGGAAACUCACCAGAGACAUGCUAUUGCAAAUAUGGUGCUGUGAGCUUGAAGACCAAGUCUUGUCAUGAAAUGGCAUUAAGGAUACUGCUGCAAUGUAUAGAACAGCAUGCAAACAGAUACAGUCGGUACAUAGUGCCUCUCCUCAGUGUUUCUGCUGACUUCUACAUAAGAGUCUUUGUCAAGGUUUAUUCUGGUGCUGUGCAUUGCAAGAAAACUACCAGUAAACUGUCAAUGGUGUACCAAUGCGUGGGCUGCGACAACAUAACCCUGCAGCCACUGGGCGCAUUCAAACCGAACCCUUCCGAGACCAACCCCUUGCAAACCAAGGCGUACCUGCCUCCCGCGCCGAGCGUUGGUGAACUUUGUGUACACUGCAAUCAGAGGCAUCACUUAGGAGGCCCAAUAUGGUCAGCGCCAAUCCACGACGAAUCGUUCGUGUCCCGCGUGCUCACGCACGUCGCAGAGCGGCCGCGCCAGCUCGGCACGGCCAAGCGCAUCCACGGCAUGCUGUCGGUCAUACGGGAAGAGUUGUGCGACGCCCCGCUCUACUACACACUGGAUAAAUUGUUUGGAAGAGUCCAUUUGGAGACUAUGCCUAUGAUGAUUAUGAGAUCAGCAAUUCUAAACGCGGGAUAUAAGGUAUCGUACUCGCACGCGUCGAAACUGUCUAUCAAGACCAAGGCGCCUGCGCAGUUGAUGUGGGACAUCAUCAGGACCUGGGAGAAAACCCAUCCCAUCAAACCUGCUAAGUUGGAGGCGGACGCCGUGGCGCGGCAGCUGCUGAGGCAACCCAUCGAACACGCGGUGGACCUGUCGGAGCGCGCGGACGCCAACCCCGCCAGCCGCCGCGACGGCUGUCUGCGCUUCCAGUACAACCCUGCGCCGUACUGGGGGCCCGGCUCCAGGGCUAAUGUCAAUGUGGGCGAAGACAAAAUGUCCAAGGCGAUAAAGAAUCAAAAUAAGCAUACAAAAGCGAAAACGAAACGAGAACAUUCGCCGCAGAGCGACGAGGAAGUUCGAAAGAAAAUCAAUGUUGACGAAUGAAUCAAUAAAUUGAUGUUAUAAAC